AUGAGCAGAAACUACACUGCCAAUAGCCGCUACCAGUACUACCUCAAUACUUUUCUGUUUUCCAACGCCUCCAACAGUGACACUGCGAAAUUCAGCACUACCACCGCUGGCAACGACGCCGACACCACCGUAUAUGGCGAGUUCAUGUGCCGCGGCGACAUUCCCCAGCAGGUCUGUCAGGAUUGCAUCCAAGACGCCUCCAAUCGAAUAGUCUCAGAGUGUCCCAACAACAAAGAGGCAAUCAUCUGGUACGACGAGUGCUUGGUCCGCUAUUCCAACCGUUCUUUCUUCUCUACCCUCCAAGAGCAGCCUACAGCAACCAGCUUCUCGUACCUGGGGCGUUAUAGCAGGAUCCGGAAAAAGUCUUGGAAUUCAAACCUUGGUGGCAUCGACUAA